AUGCUUCAUUUAAUCAAUUUUAUUUCUAUUCACAGAAAAUACUAUUUAUAAUUUUUACAUAUUUUUUCUGAAUAAAGAAGCGAAAACAAAAUGUCUCUCUAUCCCUCACUUGAAGAUAUGAAAGUGGACCAAGCCAUUAGGGCGCAGUCUCAACAUAGAGAUGAUCACAUGCUGGCAUUGAAUAUGCAACAACAAGAAAUGGCCGCGGCAGGAAUCCCACCUCAGCAAGCAGGUAUGCCAGCAGGGCACGGAUCCUACUCAAGUCUCUACCCUUCAUUGGAUGAAUACAUGGGAUUGAAUUUGAAUUCCAGUGAAGUCCAAACCCAACUUGCUGUCAUUCCUCCUCAGUCACAGGCUGUUGCUGUGCCACAAGCAUCUCAAGUACCAGGUUUGGUGGCGCCAGUGAGCGGACAGAAUAAUCUCGGAAUUUUACGCUCUGAAGUAAAAGGAGGAAUCCGUCAAAUGACUGUUUGCAAAGAUGGCAAAGGAAAGAUGGGAAUCAGAAUCAAGGCCGUUAGCAAGGGCAUCUUUGUUGCGUUUGUGAACUCUGGAUCACCAUGCGCAAUGGCUGGUCUUCGUUUCGGGGAUCAGAUUUUGCAAAUCAACAACGAGACACUGGCUGGGUACAGCACCGAUAAAGUCAUGAGUCUUCUGAAGAAAGCUGAUGCAAAGAAAGUUGAAUUUGCCAUCCGUGACAGGCCGUACUCUCGUACCGUCACUAUGCAGAAAGAUAGUAGCGGCCAUGUUGGAUUCAUCUACAAGCAAGGAAAGAUCACCGGUCUCGUUAAAGAUUCUUCCGCUGCUAGAAACGGACUUUUGAUUGAUCAUAAUCUGUGUGAAGUGAACGGACAAUGCGUCGUUGGAAUGAAGGACAAAGAAACUGCUGAAGUGUUGUCUUCCAGUCCAACUACAAUGACAAUCACCAUUAUGCCUACGUUCAUUUUUGAACAUAUUGUCAAGAGCAUGGAUUUCGGACUCUUGAAGAAGCAUCAAGACCAUUCCAUUCCUGAGAUCUAAAUUCCUUAUCUUAUCAAAUUCUUCAAGAAUUCUUAUCUGUAAAUAUAUAUAAUCAUAUGGAGAGAGGAGAUAAAGACGGAUAUGGCAAUCUUGCAUUGUUUUUCUCUGAAGAUAGAAGAAUUCAUAAAAUAAUUGAUAAUACCGUGUUUCCCCGAAAAUAAGACAUAGCUUGAAUUUUAAAAAUGAUUUAAACAUAAGCCCUUCCUUUAAAAUAAGUUCCAGUGCAUAGCGCGAAUUUUUGACUCAAAUAUGUUAUUUAUAAGUGAAUGGAUGUCGGUUUUCAUAUUUUAUAUAUAUAUGGAAAUCUCAUAUUUCUCUGCUUUGUAAUUUUGUUUUUGAUAAAUAAAAAACAUCCCCCCACAAUAAGCCCCAGUGUUAUUUUUCGAUAAAAAACUGGAAAAAUACCCCGCUUAUUUUCUGGGAAACACGGUAUACGGAGUAACUGAUGUGUUGAUUUUCAUAUGUAGAUGGCAUCUAAUUAAUAAGAUAAAAAGCAGAAAUCUAACACAAAGAUGUUUCCUCUAAACAAGUCCUAGGCAAAAAGGCAAAUGUCUGUUGGUAUUUUCGGUCUAAUUAAAAAAUAAAGCAGAUGAAAAAAUAAGUGAUGAUAUGGAACUGAUUUUGUGAUUUUAUCUUUUGGUUUAGAUAAAAGAUAACAAAUAGAUAAGAAGAAUUGUAAUGCUGAAUUUUUUCCCUGUGAUAUAGUAAGGAUGUCAUAGUUUGUGAAGGUACUAUCUAUCAGCAUUAUCUGAACUGCUUUAUCAAAAUCACUGAUAAUAUCUUUGAAUGGUUUCAAACCUUUUUAUUGAAGAUAUCGCCAAUGACUUGAUUAAUUAAAAAAAAAAUUCUGGGGUCGAACUUUACCAAUUUAACAAAAAAAAAACUCUUUAGUGUCACCUACUGUUCCUAUAAAUCGGAUUAAUUUAACUUGUAAAUACUGCUAUAUUACAAUUAUGAUAAUAAUUUGCACGAAAAGUGUGAAUUGAUCACUUUUGCAAUAAAAACUAUGUUUUUAUAAUUUUUAUUCUUUUCGUUACAUCAAUCCUCGUUUAAUUGUGUUAAAUUUUUACCUUCAAAAUAAAUUCCCUCUCCCCAAAGCUAGCUGGAUGGGCCAAAUUUUUUUAGUAUGGCGUUACUAAUUCCUACCAAAUUUAUCACACCUUUAGCUAAUUACUACAUGAUUUUUUUUUAAAUUUUCGUGGAAGAAUAAAGUAUGUCAUUUACUCUAUUUUAAUCUCCUUCUUCCUAUGGAUUGAAAAAACAAACAAAACACUAUUUUCAGCAUUUGGCCCUAUUGUCAACUUUCCUCUCCCCCUAAUUUUUUUUGUCUUAUCUGCUUCAUCCUUCAGAUUGGUAAACAGCAUUGUUCCGAGUAUAAUUUGGCCAUGUUAUUGUCUUUCUCCCCCCCCCCCCCCCCAAAUAAUUAUUGACAUUCUAUGUUCCGUCCUGAUAUUUCAUCUUAUUUGCUAAAACACAGUUACUGAUCCUGCUAUGGCCUUUAUCAACUUCAUAGAUAGACCAUGGAUUUCAAACCUUUCGCCUAAUAAAAUUUUCUUAUUUAAUCCAGACUGUUUGUGGUCACAUAAUAGAGGAUUUGUCAAGUAAGGAAUUUACUCAAGUAUGAGUCCCACUCCCGUAGCGCCCUUCUUAUAGGCUGAAAUUGCGUUGCAUGUGUCACUAUUUUGUUCGAGAAAUGCCCCCCCCCCCUCCACUCUCUCUCUCUUUAAAUCAUCCUGGAUUCUCUUUGUGAAAUAUUUUCUAUGUUAAAUAAUAAAAGCACUUAUAUACUGUA